CCCUACCCCGCGCCCCGCCCGCGGCGCUGCAGACGCGGGCAGGUGCGGGAGGCCGAGCCCGCGGAAGACCCUGCAAACCCGGGCUCGCCAUGGAGCACAUCCGCACGCCCAAGGUUGAAAACGUCCGCUUGGCAGAUCGAGUAUCUUCUAAGAAAGCAGCGCUAGGCACUUUGUAUUUGACGGCUACUCACGUCAUAUUCGUGGAAAAUGCUCCUGACACAAGAAAAGAAACAUGGAUUCUUCACAGUCAGAUUUCCACCAUUGAGAAGCAGGCAACAACCACUUCUGGAUGCCCUCUGCUUAUUCGCUGCAAGAACUUUCAAAUAGUACAACUCGUCAUACCCCAGGAAAGAGAUUGCCACGACGUGUACAUCUCUCUGAUACGCCUUGCAAGGCCAGUGAAAUACGAGGAGUUGUACUGCUUUUCAUUCAACCCCAAGCUGGACAAAGAAGAACGAGAACAAGGCUGGAUGUUGAUCAAUCUCAAUGAAGAAUAUAAGCGAAUGGGCCUCCCCAACAAUUACUGGCAGCUCAGUGAUGUGAAUCGAGACUACAGAGUCUGUGACUCUUACCCUACGGAACUGUAUGUUCCCAAAUCGGCCACAGCACACAUCAUCGUGGGGAGUUCCAAAUUCCGCAGUAGACGGCGAUUUCCUGCCCUUUCAUACUACUAUAAAGAUAACCACGCCUCUAUCUGCAGGAGCAGCCAGCCUCUGUCCGGCUUCAGUGCCCGAUGCUUGGAGGAUGAGCAGAUGCUCCAGGCCAUCAGGAAAGCCAAUCCAGGAAGCGAUUUCAUUUACGUCGUUGACACGCGGCCUAAACUUAAUGCAAUGGCAAAUCGUGCUGCAGGGAAAGGCUAUGAGAAUGAAGACAAUUAUUCCAAUAUCAAGUUUCAGUUUAUCGGGAUAGAGAACAUCCAUGUCAUGAGGAACAGCCUGCAAAAAAUGCUGGAAGUGUGUGAACUUAAAUCUCCCUCAAUGAGUGAUUUUCUGUGGGGACUGGAGAACUCUGGCUGGUUAAGACACAUUAAAGCCAUCAUGGAUGCAGGAAUCUUCAUUGCAAAGGCAGUUUUGGAGGAAGGGGUGAGUGUGCUGGUUCAUUGUUCAGACGGCUGGGACCGCACUGCUCAGGUGUGCUCGGUGGCCAGCCUCCUGCUGGACCCCUACUACCGGACCCUGAAGGGCUUCGUGGUAUUAGUUGAAAAGGACUGGAUUUCCUUUGGUCAUAAGUUUAAUCACAGAUAUGGCAAUUUAGAUGGUGAUCCAAAAGAAAUCUCUCCAGUUAUUGACCAAUUCAUUGAGUGUGUCUGGCAGUUAAUGGAACAAUUUCCCUGUGCCUUUGAGUUCAAUGAGAGGUUUUUAAUUCACAUUCAACAUCACAUUUAUUCCUGCCAGUUUGGAAACUUCCUAUGCAACAGCCAAAAGGAGAGACAAGAACUCAAAAUUCAAGAGAGAACAUACUCCUUAUGGGCUCACCUGUGGAAGAAUCGGGCUGACUACAUGAAUCCUCUGUUUAGAGCGGAUCAUGGUCAGACCCAGGGAACCCUCAGCCUUCCCACAAUGCCGUGCAACUUCAUGUACAAGUUCUGGAGUGGAAUGUAUAACCGCUUUGAAAAGGGGAUGCAGCCCCGACAAUCAGUUACAGAUUACCUUAUGGCAGUGAAGGAGGAAACUCAGCAGCUAGAGGAAGAGUUAGAGGCCCUAGAACAAAGGCUGGAAAAAAUUCAGAAAGUCCAGUUCAUCCGCACUAAAGUGAAAGCUAAGCAAAGCGAACCCAACAAACAUUCAGGGUUUUCUACCUCAGAUAACAGCACAGCCAACACUCCCCAGGAUUACAGCGGGAAUAUGAAACCGUUUCCCUCCAGGAGCCCAUCACAAGGUGAUGAAGAUUCUGCUCUGAUUCUAACCCAAGACAAUUUGAAGAGCUCAGAUCCAGAUCUGUCCGCCAACAGUGAUCAAGAGUCCGGUGUGGAGGAUUUGAGCUGUCGGUCUCCAAGUGGUGGCGAGUGUCCACCGAGCGAGGACAGCAGCAAGGACCGGGAUUCCGAUGAAGCAGUGUUUCUCACGGCCUGAAGCUUCUCCUUUGAAGUUCCCACACAAAGGACACUCAAGAAGUGCUUCCAAAAACAACGAACUCUGCAAUUUAAAAUAAAAAAUAUCUAUAAAGAAAUGGUAUGUGUCAUCAGGAAUUAUAAAAUGUAGCCUUGAAAAGGAUACAUUUUAGUACCUUUAUAUGUUGAAGAACAGGAAAUAGCCAUUUCUUUUAUCAACUAUAAGGAAAAUCGUUUGCCAUUUUGAUACCCAUACUAGACUAUGAAACUUUUAUUCACUAUUGAGUAAUAACUUCUACCAUCAUCUGAGGUUACAAAUAAAAAUCUUCCUUUGUCAAAUGCAUCUGCUCAAAGGGCAUCUCUGAUCCUUUAUCAUCUUUAAUCUUCCCUCUUAUUUCACUUCCAGAUGUGUAUUUUAUGUUUUUGAAAACAUUUGACAUUACCUUCCUCUUUGACUUUAUCAUUAUUUCUAAAAACAGAGCACAUUGUUGAGAUGUACUCUUUUUGUUUAAGAUAUAGUCCUCUGAUUGAGGAGCUUUGUAAUUGCUUAAGUUUAUGCUUCAGGUUUAAUGAUCCCUUUACUUUAUCCUAUUUUUUUGCAUUGUUAUUAUAAUUUUGUGGACUUUCUCCAGAAUCUCAUUUCUCUGCAUCAUUUUAAAAAUCCUAAGACUAUUUAAAGUCUUAUAACUGACUUAUCCUCUAAAAAGGGUCUAAUACUUAAUAAAAUAGAAACAGUAUUCACUCUGGUUCUUACAUAUGAAAUCAGGUCACAUUCACUUUAUCAACAACUUUAUAUUACUGUUUCUGAAACUACAACUACCAAGACAGUGUGGCCCAGCGGCCAGUAUACCAAUUCAAAAUUUGUAGGGUAAAAUUUCAAUGAAGGAAAAUUCUAGUUAAGAACUAGAGAAUUUGGUCAUCAUAUCUAUAUUUAAAUAGUGGAAUCAGCUUUGUCAUCUAUUAUUUUACAAAUGAUUUUAGAAAUUGGUUAACAUGGUUUAAUUAACAUUAGUAAAAUAUGGUGAUUACAAGUUGCUGAAAAUUAGUUCUGAUAUGAAUUUUGCUAAAAUUCACAUUUGAAGCAGAAUCGUUCCCCUCUUAUGAUCAAAAACGGGAUUUGACUGGACAAACUAAAUGUUUGAGCUGAAGAAACUUAGUUGGAGAAACCCUGUCAUGUGUGGACAGAGGUAAAUAAUAUUCAUGCUGUAUGCUAUUUAAAUAUUAGCAUGUUCUAGAAUAUAAAGGGAUGAAUUUAAAUUUGGCUUUUACAAUCUACAUCAAUAUUUUCAAUAUGUGAAAAUUUUUGUAUAAGAGGAUGUGUUAAACUUCGCUUAAAUGGGAUCAAAGUAAAGAAAGAGGGCAAGAAAGCUACAUUACUGAACUCUCUAGUAUGAAAGAUUCAGAGGGAGUUAGCAACAUGUAUAAAUGAAAUAAUAUAGUAUAUUGGUCAUCAUAUUUAAAAACAGAAUAGCUUUAAUAUAUAAGAGACCUGUAAUAUAAAAGUUCUCUGCUAAUGUAAAAAAUAGAGCAAAUGUAAUUCUUUCAGAAUAUGUAAUUUGAGCAUUCUUUACUGUGCAGUUUCAGAAUUACACACAAGGAAUGUAUAUUCAUUUUCUGCACUAUACUGUGGUUGUAGGAUAAAAUAGUUAGGGUAUAGUAGUAUUUGGCUUUACAUUUCUAUAACAUAAAUCAUUUUAUGCUCUUCUUGUAAUUAUCAACUCUUAGAACUUUGUUGCCUAACAUUGAGGAUGUGACUAAUUUCUUGCAUUUGGCAGAGUAGUUCUAUAAAAACUAAUAACUAAAAAAUAAAAUAAAAAUGACCCAGUAAACUAUGCCAGAGGAAUAUGCAUUUAUUUUGAAAAGCAAACAGUAUAAAUACUUAAUAGUUUAAAAUUAAUUAUUUAAUGUGAUGUCUUCCACAUCAGGACCAUAAACUCUAUUCAGUCAACCUUUUUACAUGACAUUAUAAUUUAAAUACAUAUUUAUUUAGUCUAUUCUUUAUAAGUUGACCUAAGACUGAAACGUAUGUAAAAGGUACAUUUAUUGUGCAUUAAAACUUAAUUGUGUUUUCAAAGGGCCUUGAAGGAGCAUGACCAGUCCAACAAUAAGACUAGCUCUCUUACUCUACAUUCUCAUUUUAAAUCAGGAAUUGCUUUAUUAAAGCAGCUGGUUUAAAGCAUAGGGAAUAAACCAAUGUAAAAUAAACCAAGGUAAUCAAGGCAGAUUACUUCCCAAUUAGUAAUUUAUAGAACCCAAGUGAUUUAUUAUUUAGUGAUGUUCAGACAAAUUUGAUGAGACAAAUUUGACGAUAUGAAAUGGUUAAGAAUUUUGAUCAUGAUUCUGCAAAUCAAGAAUGGAACAAUUUUUUAGAAUGAAGGAAGGUGAGGAAAAAAGAGGGAAACCCUGGAAUAUGGUUUUAUUCUUUAAAAGCACUUUAGGGGACACUAUUUUCUUCCCUUAAAGUGAAUUUGAGCUGUUCUUCAACUUAAACAUAUAUAAAUUAUGAUGAAACUCACUUGUCAAAUAACUUCUAUCCCCAUCUAAAUUCCUUAGUGUCAGUGUAUCCCUAGAAAUUUCUUUCACCCUUAAAACAGUUAUCUUUAGUAUGUAUCUCCCUUAUUUAGAACUUUCUUCUAUUUUGAAAUAUGAGCCGUUAAAUCUCUACCCACAACAAACUCCCAACCUGAACAUCUAAUAACUCCUAAGUUUUCCUCUACCAUUCUGAUUUCCACCUAGUCUAUUAUAUGUUAAAAGUAAAAUCAAAUCUCUGCAUUGGCAUGCAUUUCUUUUUUCUCUCUGGCAUUGCUUCUCCAGGAUGGUCAAUUUGAAGAAGAAAAAAAAGCCAUAAAAUUACAAAAAUGGUCACUUUAAAAAUUUCUGUUGCAAUGGCAGAACCCAAAUUCAUACAGGCAUAUUCAAAUGUAGACUCUUCCCAUCCUGGGUGACUGACAUAACCUAUAUCUAAACUAAUAUAUUUUUAUUAAUUUGUUAAAUACAAAUUUGUUAUUUAUUAAAUACAGAUUUGUCUAUUUGUUAAAUACAGAACUGUGAUUAAACACUUCUAUUUAAUGAAUGGGUUGUGAUGAGGUUAUCUAAUGAAUUAAUUUUGGGAGGAGAAUCCAAGCUGUGUUUAAUUAGUACAGAAUGAAACUGGGAUAAUCCAAAUUUAAAGAAUAAAAGUACUGAGAUAAA